UCGGAACGACGAAUAAAAAGUGUUUGUACGCGUUUACUUUUCAGAAGGAAAUCAUUGUUUUGUCUGUCGAAUAAAUAGAAAAUGAGCUCGUCGGUGAUGCUUUUCGCAUGUUCGAAGUGUUUUUCACGGCAUCCGUUCGAAGAAUUGUCUCCCGGCCAGCAGCUUUGCAAGGAUUGUCGCGGAUCUUCAGCGAUAGUAAAAUGCACAUAUUGCCGCACUGAGUUUGAGCAAACCAGCAAAGGAUCUACAGCAGCAGUGUGCAAAAAAUGCGAACAGAACGUUAAACAAUAUGGUAAACCGUCCGCCUGCGAACUUUGCAACAUUAUCGCGGCAUUCAUCGGCUCCAAGUGCCAAAGGUGUACAAACUCCGAGUUAAAGUACGGACCGGCGGUAUCUUGCGAUCAGUGCAAACAGCGAUGUGCCUUUAAUAGGCCUGACUAUAAGGUCGAUGGCAAGCUGCUGUGCUGGUUAUGUACGGCAUCCUACAAGCGUGCGCUGACCAAAGCGCGCCAGGCUGAAAGCGAUCGCCGGCGGGCGAAAAAACGCAGUGCCGAUGGGCAACCAUCAUCGAUGUCGGCACCGACCGCUGCCGCACCCGGUGGCACUGGCAGUGGCAGCAACACGCUACCGCUGGGUUCGAGCAGCAAUUCUAGUAGAGAUCGUGGAGGGGAUCGCGGAUCGUCGGAUAAAAACAAGAGCAGCUCGUCAAAUCGUGGGAUGUCCACGCUACCCCCGUUAGGCGAGCUCAACGUGGGACUUGGACCAUUGGAAAUGCCUGACAAUGGUCCUCCUGGAAGUGCAAGCGGCGGUGGCAGCGGAAUGGACCGCCCCGACAGUGCACGGAAGGAUAGCGGUCGUCACCACUCCAGCAAAAAGCCCCGCUCCGAUCAUCACAUCAAAUCGAUGGGUCCGGAAAUACCAGAGAAAGUUGCCAAGAGCGCUAACAGUGGAUACGUGGAUCCUCAUAGCACCGAUCAUGUGAUCGCAAUGACGCAGCUGAAGGAAACGAUAGCUACCUUACAAAGGAAAUUGAAACAGAAGGACGCAAUUAUUCUAGAUAAAGAAAAGGAGAUAAGCGCUUGGAAGGGAAAGCAUUUAUACCUGGAACAGGAUUUGAUGAAAAAAUACAAAGACAUGGAGAAGAACUAUGAGUUCAAGGUUGACGUACUAAACAAGAAGCUCAAAUCACAGCUGCUGGAGAUUGCCCAGCUCUCCAAGUCGGCAAAGGAUGCCGCAGAGAAAAAGAAGAAACCGAUCGGGUUCUUAGCGACCACCAAACUGCAUAAACUGAAGUCCGAAGUCAAAGAAAAAGAACGAGAAAAAACCACCAGCCGCAAUCGUGUCAUUGAAGAUGACGAUGAGGAUGAUGAUAAGGACGAUAAGGAAAAUGACAGUGAUAAAACUUCGGAGAGAGGAGAAUCCGGCAGAAAUACACCGAAGGAAAUUGGCAAAGACAGCCCUCGCGAUGUUGACUCCGGAAAAGAAAGCCCUCGUGAUUCGGAUAAAGAUGAUGAUAAAGAAGACGAAAAAACAAAAAAGGAGAAAAAGGAAAGUGACUCUGAAAAAGAGAAAGAUGACGAGCAAAAUAAAAGCAACGGAUCAGCAAAAGUUGGAGAAGAUUCUGAUAAAGAAAAUGACGACAAGAAGGAAGAAGAUAAAAAUGCCGAUAAGAGCGAGGAAAAGGACCGAAGCUCUGAACGCGGUUCAGAUAAGGGUUCACGGCGUAAUUCAGAAACUUCCGACAAAGCAUCAGACAACGAAUCCGAUAAAGACUCCGAUCAUGGUUCUGACAAGGACUCUGAUCGUGGAUCAGCGAAAGGCUCGAACCGUGGCUCGGAACGUGGAUCAGAAAAAGGAUCCGACCAAGGAUCUGAUCGUGGAUCGAACAAAGGAUCAGAUCGCGGAUCUGACAAAGGAUCCGAUCGAGGUUCCGAUCAUGGUUCAGACAAAGGAUCAGAUCAUGGAUCCGAUAAAGGAUCUGAUCGGGGUUCAGACAAAGAUAGCGACAACGAAUCUGAUGAUCGAUCAGCGAAGGGCAGCGAUAAGGAUAGCGGAUCCGAUAGUUCCGAUCAAGACAGCGAUCGCGAUUCCGAUUAAAUCAUCUAUCACAAGUCAAUGUUUUGUCAUUAUUAUGGGUAAAAUUAGGAUUACUCUCGAUCAGCAGUUCACUUUUAACGAUUAGGAAUAGGCUUUUUCAUAAUUCGUCGUUUUUUUUUCAGUUUGUUGCAAAUAUAGGAAUGGUUUCUCUGCUUCAGCUUUUGUUCAAUUAUAGUUACAUUUUCUACAAUUAGGACCUCAUUGAAAACGACACAAAACAUAUUUGUAAGGAAAUAAAUCAUAAAAUUAAAAUAACUAUAGAAUUUUAAAUAUUAUUAUUAGCAAUUAGUUCAAAUCAUCGGCUCAUUGUUCACCGUUAAAUGUUAAUAGCAGUGUUGUUUCAGUGAACAGAAAAUGUAAUGUCAUUGCAUGAUAACACACUUAAUAGAUUUUGAUUUCUUCUUGCUAUAUGGUUUCAAUAUUAUGAACUGCAGAGUUAAAUACCUACUAUUAGAUAAUAUACAUACUUGUAUUGAUUUGAAAAUAAAAAGAAAACAAAAUGUAAUGAUAAGUGCUAUGUUGUCGAUGAUUUACAAUUAGUGCCCAUUCUUGGAGCUGUAAGAAGUAAACAAACUGUCUAAGCAAAACAUGCAUUGUAAUGAUGAGAUACAUAUACUUAA